AUGAAAUAUUCUGUUUUUGUUUUUUUCUUUGCCGCUGUUGGAGUCACUGCUCAAGCAGCAAACUGUAGUGAAGUAGAGGCCUGCCUUAAAGCUGGUCCGAAAAACACUGGUGCUUGCGGUGAUAAUGAGCGAUGCCUUUGCGGAACACGUAAAGAGAUUGCCAAUUGCUACGCCAAUUGCGACAAAGAUUCGAGAGCGAAACCGGCCGGACAAGCUGUUGAGAAGUAUUGUUCCGUAUUGAGAAAGCGCUUGAAGCCAUUGUAUAAGUGA